AUGUCGCGUCUGCUCAGGUUCCUGCCGACCCUCAUUUUCCUCACCAUCUUUUUCUUAUUUCUGCUCAACCUUUUCGAGUACGACUACCCAGACGUGCCUCUACCAGACACAUGGAGGAUUCAAAGUGCUGCAGCUCCGGAGAGCACUGAGCGCGCUGCUACAACCCCAGGCGGGUACCCGGGGAGUCCUUCUUUCUUGGGCGGUGAUAAGCUUAACGCACAGAAAGACGAGAACCAUGGAGAAGUUUUUGCGAAUGAUGAGAGUCUUGGCCACAGCGGCGAGGAAAACACCAAUCAGGGCGACACCAAUGACAGUGAAAGCCACGACGACCAGUCCAGCGAGGGCGGCGAUAACAUCACCGGGAGCACCAGCAGCGACAGUAUCGACUGGUCGCGGUUUGCCUACGUCCAAUACGUUACCGAUGAGGAGUAUCUCUGCAAUUCGCUCAUGAUCUUCGAAGCACUACACCGUUUCGGCAGCAAGGCAGAUCGACUCAUGCUGUACCCUGGCCAAGUGCUUGCGCCUGAUGCCCAAAAGUCAACCAGUCUUGCAGGAAAACUUUUGAUCAAGGCUCGCGACGAAUACAAUGUCAUCUUGCAGCCGAUUGAGAUCCAGCAUCGAGAAGGCCAAGACCAAACGUGGGCUGACUCUUUCACCAAACUCCUCGUCUUUAAUCAAACGCAAUACGAUCGUCUCAUCUCCCUCGACUCGGACGGUAUGCUGCUCCAGCUCAUGGACGAGCUCUUCCGAAUCCCUCCGUGUCAAGUUGCGAUGCCCCGAGCCUACUGGUUGAUGAGGGACGACCCCCCAAAGAAGAUGCUUUCGUCACACGUUAUGGUUGUGCAACCUGAUAAAGACGAAUUCGAGAGAGUCUUGGAAAAGAUUGAUACCGUCGAAAAAACCGAAUAUGACAUGGAAAUACUCAACAAGCUGUAUCUGGACAGCGCAAUGGUGAUUCCACAUCGACCAUACGCUAUGCUAACGGCCGAGUUUCGAAUGAAGGACCAUACUCACUAUCUUGGCUCCGACAAAGAAGAAUGGGACCCUGUCGCGGUCUUAAAUGAAGCCAAAUAUGUGCACUUUUCUGACUGGCCUGUUCCGAAACCGUGGAUCGAGGACCUGGGACUGCGACAGGAGAACCAACCCGAGUGCCCGACGACUGACGGUGAACAGGCUCGGGAGAGCUGUAUUGAGAGAGAAAUAUGGAACAACUUCUACACUGAUUUUUCAGUGAUGCGAAAGGUGAGCAACAUGCUCCCAAAACCCUUCUCGUUGGACUAG